CGGGGAGGAGACUGGGGCGGAGGCAGCGGCAGCUGCUAGGCCUCCCCUGCGCUCCCUGCCGCCGCGGCACACGCGCCCCCCGGCAGCCCUCAGCCAGCCCUCAGCCGCCCAGCCUCGGGCCAGUGACAUCGAGAUUUUCCACCAUGAGUAACCCUUUCUCCCGGAUUGUGGAGCCGCUGGAUCCCAGCCAGCCUGCAAAGAGAUUCUUCAAUUUGAACCAUUUGGGGGACCCGAGAUAUGAACGUUUGCCAUUUUCGAUCAGAGUCUUGCUGGAGGCAGCGGUCCGCAACUGUGAUGAGUUCCUCGUGAAAAAGGUUGAUGUUGAAAACAUUCUCAGUUGGAAGACGAUGCAGCACAAAGCCAUCGAGGUGCCGUUUAAGCCCGCACGAGUUAUCCUGCAAGACUUCACAGGUGUCCCUGCAGUGGUUGAUUUUGCUGCUAUGCGUGAUGCCGUGAAGGUACUAGGAGGAGAUCCAGAAAAAAUCAACCCUAUCUGUCCUGCUGAUUUAGUCAUUGAUCAUUCCAUCCAGGUUGACUUUAAUAGGGGACCAGACAGUUUACAGAAGAAUCAAGAUCUGGAGUUUGAAAGGAACAAAGAAAGAUUUGAGUUCCUAAAGUGGGGGUCUCAAGCCUUCCAGAACAUGAGGAUUAUCCCCCCAGGCUCUGGGAUUGUUCAUCAAGUGAAUUUAGAGUACUUGGCCAGAGUGGUCUUUGAUCAGAAUGAAUAUUACUAUCCGGACAGUGUAGUGGGCACUGAUUCCCAUACCACCAUGAUUAAUGGCUUGGGAGUGCUUGGCUGGGGCGUCGGUGGUAUUGAAGCAGAAGCAGUGAUGCUGGGCCAACCAAUCAGCAUGGUGCUUCCAGAAGUGAUUGGCUACAAACUGACAGGAAGUCCUCAACCGCUCGUCACAUCCACAGACAUCGUGCUCACUGUGACCAAGCAUCUACGCCAGGUUGGGGUUGUGGGUAAAUUUGUUGAGUUCUUUGGGCCUGGGGUAACUCACCUGUCCAUUGCUGAUCGAGCCACCAUUGCCAACAUGUGCCCAGAGUAUGGAGCAACUGCAGCCUUUUUCCCUGUUGACAAAGUUAGCAUCCAGUACUUGGUUCAGACCGGGCGUGAUGAAGAAAAGAUUAAAUAUAUAAGAAAAUACCUUCAGACUGCAGGAAUGUUCAGAGAUUUUAGUAAUUCGUCACAGGACCCAGAUUUUACUCAAGUUGUAGAGUUGAAUUUGCAAUCCGUCGUGCCUUGCUGCAGCGGCCCAAAGAGACCCCAGGACAAAGUUGAGGUCUCUGAAAUGAAGAAGGAUUUUGAGACCUGCUUAGGAGCCAAGCAAGGCUUUAAAGGCUUCCAAGUUGCCCCCGAGCAUCACAACGAUCAAGUGAAAUUUAUCUAUAAUGAAAAGGAGUAUGAACUUGCUCAUGGAUCAGUCGUGAUCGCUGCCAUUACCAGCUGUACCAACACUAGUAACCCAUCUGUUAUGCUCGGUGCAGGAUUGCUUGCAAAGAAAGCUGUGGAAGCCGGCCUAACAGUGAAACCAUACAUUAAAACAAGCCUUUCUCCCGGAAGUGGGGUUGUCACGUACUAUCUACAAGAAAGUGGAGUGAUGCCUUACCUUGCUCAACUAGGGUUUGAUAUUGUGGGUUACGGAUGUAUGACCUGCAUUGGCAACAGUGGACCUCUACCCGAAUCUGUUGUUGAAGCCAUUACUCAGGGAGACCUUGUAGCUGUGGGCGUGCUGUCUGGAAAUAGGAACUUUGAAGGCCGCGUCCAUCCAAACACUCGUGCCAAUUACCUGGCCUCGCCACCUUUGGUAAUAGCCUAUGCAAUUGCAGGGACUAUAAGAAUCGACUUUGAGAAGGAACCUCUAGGUGUAAAUGCAGAAGGGAAGAAGGUCUUUCUAAAAGACAUUUGGCCCUUGAGAGAAGAGAUCCAUGCUGUAGAGCGCCAGUAUGUCAUUCCAGGAAUGUUUAAAGAAGUCUACCAGAAAAUAGAGACAGUGAAUAAAUCAUGGAAUGAUUUAGAUGUCCCAUCAGAUACACUGUAUGCCUGGAAUCCAAAAUCCACAUAUAUUAAAUCUCCUCCCUUUUUUGAAAACCUGACUUUAGAGCUUCAGCCUCCUACAUCCAUAGUUGACGCCUAUGUCCUGCUAAAUCUUGGAGAUUCUGUGACCACCGAUCAUAUAUCUCCAGCUGGGAAUAUAGCAAGAAACAGUCCAGCUGCCCGUUACUUAACCAGCAGAGGAUUAACCCCUAGAGAAUUCAACUCAUAUGGUUCACGCCGGGGCAAUGAUGCUGUUAUGGCAAGAGGAACAUUCGCAAAUAUACGCUUAUUGAACAAAUUUCUCAGCAAACAGGCACCCCAAACCGUACAUUUCCCUUCAGAAGAAACUCUCGAUGUGUUUGAUGCUUCAGAAAGGUACCGGCAAGCCAGCCAUCCUCUCAUCGUGCUAGCUGGUAAGGAAUAUGGUUCAGGAAGCUCUCGGGACUGGGCUGCAAAAGGACCUUUUUUGUUGGGCAUCAAAGCAGUCCUUGCAGAGAGCUAUGAGCGUAUUCAUCGCAGUAAUCUGGUAGGAAUGGGAGUGAUUCCGCUGCAGUAUUUGCCAGGCCAGGAUGCCGAAAGUCUAGGGCUGACGGGUCGGGAACGUUACACAGUCAUCAUUCCUGAAGAGCUAGUGCCCAGAAUGAAUGUCGAAAUCAAACUAGACACAGGGAAAACCUUCCAAGCGGUCAUGAGGUUUGACACCGACGUGGAGCUCACUUAUUUCCGGAACGGGGGCAUCUUGAACUAUAUGAUUCGCAAAAUGGCAUCCUAGUCCCAGCUGCAACGGAAUCCGUGUCCAAUUAUUAUGCAACCGACCUUUUUUUUUUGUGACAAAAGAAUUGCACAGUAAUCAUGGAGCACAUAGCCUCUAAAACCUGAUGUGAAUUGCCUAUGUGGGUUGUAUUAUUCAAAGUGGAUGUUUAUACUGUUUGGCUAUGAUCCUCUGUGCCUUGCCCACCAAGCCAGCCUAGGCUGAUUGUUAUUACUGACCCCUGCCUACUGUACCUCCAUCUAUUUUGUAUGGAGGAAGUAGACUGACAUAUUUUGGUAAUACAGGCUGACCCAGUGAACAGCCCCACAAGGCACCUCUCCACCCUUUAUUUCAAGUGACCGGACUGGCUGUUUCUUUUCUGACUGACACUGGAUUAACAAUCUCAUACUACAACUCAGCUAUUAAUGUCCCUUUCUAUUAAACCAAUUAGAAUCCCUUUUUUGAGAUUACUGCUGAAAUGAUUAAGAAGUGCUUAGCUGUUCUAUAUUAAUAGUAUAGACGCUCUUUAAAGCUCUCUCCUUGUUCUUCCUGGCUUUUGGUGUAGGGAAAAUCAGGGGGGUGGGGGAAUGCAAAGGCCAUUUAUAAUUAAAUCUAUUUUCCAAAAAAUAGUAGUUUGUCCUUUUUAAAAAGACUAAUACUUAUUUGUGUUUCUUACACACUUUAAAUUGGCAUUAAACACUUAAAUGUAGUCAUCUCUGGUAGGAACGGCAGUUCUAUGAAUUACGUUUCAUGUAGAAACAACUGGAAAAUUAUCCCCCCUCUCCGUGAAGCACAUCAACUUGACGUGGCUCUGCCAGUGUGGAAAUUUGAGUUGAGAGAUUAGGGUUUGCAUUCCUCAAGAUUUUCUGCUUCAUUUUUGUCUGCUCCCCUUCUUUGCUCCCACCCACCCUCAUUCUGCGUCCUGGCAUAUCCUUUUCUUGAUGGAAAAGUCCGUAGGAUCCCACCAUAUGAACGCUGCAUAUUACAAUGGAAACGGAGAAAAACAGUUACCAAGUUUAUUACCAUUGUCUCUAGUUAAUGCUGAACACCACUGAACAAAAUAGGCUAGCGACAGCUUGAAAUACAUUUCCUUGGGCAUGGAGGGUAUAGCAGAUGUAUGGUGAGAUAACAUCGUGAUAAGCAGGGUUUUUUUUCUGGGAAAAGAGGUGGCGGAACUCUCAAGAGGAAAAUGAGGAAGAAACACAUGGGAUUCUUUGAAAUCAUAUUAUUUUCAAGCACUAUUGCCGAGUAUUUUCAAGAGGUGCUGGAACUCCAUUCCCCCUUGUUCCCCUGGUGAAAAAAAGCCCUGGUGAUAAGGCAAACUACAUUAAGGCCUUGUACAUCCCUUUUCGGUGCUGUAUACACCAAGAGCAGCUUUACAAUGGUAUCUGACUAUUGGAACAGGGUACACAAGUUUUCCCAUUUCCUCCCCUUAACAUUAUUGCUCAUUUAAUGCGGAGCAGGUCAGAACUUAGAAGAACAGAUAUGUAGGUUACAGAGGUACAUGGGCCAGUCGACAUCUCUCAAACUAAUUCAUCCCAGUAUAAGGUGAUGCCCAAUGAAACGAGUAAAUAACCAGUUUUUCUUCUACUCUCUCUCAAUAACAACAGAUUCCAUGUUUCAAGUAAUGUUACCUAACGUAUUGGGCUGAAUCUCAGAAACUGAGUCAUAGGGUGGCUAAUCUUGUAUUGAAUGUACAAUCUAAUUAAUCUAAUUAAAUCUUGUAUACAAUCUAAAUUAAAUCUUCUAUUGGGUGUACAA